AUGAGUACCCUACCCCUUGCCCAGAGCGAAAGGAAAGGUAUCCUCUGGCAGCGUUUGGGCAUUCAAUCUGAGGCCGAUCAUAGGAUGAUGCUGGACGAGGCGGCAAGGGGAAGAGACCGUCUGAGCAGGAAUCCCGAGAAUUUGACCAACCUCUCCAGAACAGACCCGAGAAUCAGAGCACCCUAUCGUUGGGAUCAGCUUUCUGAGACCGCAAAGCACAGAGAAAUACUGAACAUUUACCACUUGGCCAGCCCCCGCACCAGAUCCUUCUAUGAUAGGGCACGUUAUAGGGCCCGCGUAAAGCAGGACGAGUGGGUCGAGGAAAAUUGGGCCAUCAGAUGGUUCCUAUGGCACAGCUUCCGGUAUCGCGACAACAGGGAAGGGGUGUUCCAUUCCCAGAGCCACGGAGGUAGAACGCGUUUUUCAUUCCUUGAUACCAAUCUAUCUUGA